GAAUAGCGGAGAGCUGAUCGGUUGAGCUGUUGAAGGGUUUGCAGGGUGCAGCGGUGAGCAUCCCCUGACACUGAGGCCGAGACACCGUUUCAACUUUCAAGUUACCCAAUAUAUCCAAAACGACACCGUUUCUUCAAAUUCCAAACUUCCAAUGGCGGCACCCACAAAACGAGACGAGCAAGAAGCUCUACGCCUCAAGUCCCUGGCGGACUCCAACUUCACUUCCUCCAGAGACCUCAACGCCGCCUUCAACUACGCCAAGCGCGCCCACCGCCUCGCCCCAAAUCUUCCCGGCGUCACCGAGACCCUCGCCGCCCUCACCGUUCUCCGCGCCGCCGCCUCUAAGAACUCCCCUUUCCCUGACUGGUACGCCGUCCUCGGUGCUGAGCCCUUCGCCCCCGCCUCCGUCCUCCGCAAGCGCUACAAGCAGCUGGCGCUCCUGCUCCACCCCGACAAGAGCCCCCACGUGGCAUCUGAUGAGGCAUUCAAGCUCGUCGCCGAGGCCUUCCGGUUGCUCUCCGACAGGGCAUGGAAGAGGGACUACGAUGUCAAGCUCAGGUUGAGGAUUCUGGAUGAGAAGGAGAAGGAGAAGGUUGGUGAAGAGGACAUGGAUACAUUUUGGACUGCAUGCUCCACUUGCAGGCUCUUGCACCAGUUUGAGAGGAAGUACCUGGGACAUAAUCUGGUAUGCCCCUCUUGCAGGAAGAGUUUUAAGGCUGUGGAGGUGGGUAGUGAUGAUGAUGGGUCUGAAGAAGAGGAAAAAGAGGAGGAGGAGGAGGAGGAGGAGGAGAAGGAGAAGGAGGACGGGGAGGAAGAAGAAGAGGUAGAGAGAGCUGAGAAGGGUAUGAUUGGGAAAUUGAAAUCAAAAGAGGUGGUGGAUGAUGAUGAGAGAUUGUGGGAUUUUGUGUCGAGGAGAAAAGCCAAGAGUGUGAAAGGGAAAAUGGGCGUUGAAAAAGAUGGAGGCUUGUGGAGGAGCCAGGGUUUGAAGGGCGGAAUUGAGGGUGGUGAAGUGAGAAAUGAGGAUUCUGAGAGCAAAGGAGAGGGUGUUGCGGGAAGCUUGAGAAGUGGGGAUUUGAGAACGCAGACUAAAGGGAAAGUAGGUAUUGAAAAAGGGGGAGGCUUGAUGAAGAGCAGGUGUUUGACGGGUGGAGUUGAGAGUAAUGAAGUGGGAAAUAAGGUCUUGGAGAGUGAAAGAGAGGGUAUUGGAGGAAGGUUGAGAAGUGGGGAUUUGAGAAAGAGGAAGCAUAUGGUUGGGGAGGUGUUGGACAGUUCAAAACCCAAGAGGGUCAAAACUGGGGAGGAAAUGAUGACAUUGGCUGAGUUUCAGUCUGAAGUAAAGCGAACAGCUCGGCAGAAGAUGAAGUUGAAACUAAAAGAAAAUGGAGAAGAUCAUGAAACAGAGAGGAGGAGCAAGCGGCGGGAAAGAUUUGGUGAGUUGAAAAAUAACAAGGAUUUAGAGGCUGGGGAAUGUAGGAGUAUGAAGAAGAGCGUGAAGCCAUUAGUCAAGGGGAUGAAAGAGGACUCUCUGAAGAAAAAGGAAGCGAGACCUGAGAAGCACGGUGAUUCUGGUGGAAGGGACUUGGAGACUAUCACAGUGGUGGAUUCGGAUUUUUAUGAUUUUGACAAAGAUAGAACUCAUAGAAGCUUUAGGAAAGGUCAAAUGUGGGCUGUAUAUGAUGAUAUUGAUGGAAUGCCAAGGCAUUAUGCCUUGAUUGAUGAAGUUUUUUCAGCAAACCCUUUUCAAGUGAGUAUAAGUUGGUUUGAUCUGCAAAACAAUGGGGUUGAAAAGAUUAUUAGUUGUGAGAAAAUGGGGUUUCACAUGCCUUGUGGAAGAUUUAAAGUUACCCAGAAGGCUUCCAUAAAUUCAGUAAAUGUAUUUUCUCAUGUUGUGGACUGUGAUCGAGCAGCACGCGAGGUCUACCAAGUUUAUCCAAAGAAGGGCUCAGUAUGGGCACUUUAUGGUAAGGCAACUCUUGAUGCAGAUGAACAAAAUUUUGCAGCCAAGGGUAAGAGAUGCUAUGACAUUGUUGUAUUCUUAACAAGUUACAGUGAAAUCUCUGGUCUGAGCAUGGCAUAUCUUGAGAAGGUUGAUGGUUACAAGACUGUAUUUAAGAGACAAGAGAGGGGAAGUCAUGCUAUUAGAUUUCUUGGAAAGGAUGACCUGUGGUUAAUUUCUCAUCAGAUUCCUGCUCGAAAAUUAUCUUGUAAUGAUACUCCUGAACUUUUGAAAGAUUGUUGGGAACUUGAUCCUGCUUCACUUCCCUCGGAUUUACUUACUAUAGGUGGCAUAGAUAAUUGAGGUGAAUAAACCUUUUUGGUUAUGUAGUUCUAAAUUUUCAACUGAAGGACUCUAGCAGCUUAAUUGUUGGUCUUACUUCAGUUACUUCAUGUAUUCUUGUGGUGGAUUACUUAAUGAUUUUAGGGAUCAUUUUUUCCAAAAAGGAAAAAGUAGAAAAUAUCUUAGGAAAACUAGCUGCCUUGUAUAGCCUGAAUUAGUUAGAUUUGCAGAUUCUCUGUUCAUAUAUUUUAUUAACUGUUCAUUUUGUCUAUUUUUACUA